AUGGACGAAUCGACCAUCAGACCCGCCCUGGAUAAACAUUUCUCUUCAUGUGGAGAGGUCACUGAAGCUUUUCUUCUCGAAUGCCAGAACAAAGUUGUGGCUUAUAUCGAGGGAGAAGGCGCAGUAGAAAAGGCCUUGAAGCUUAGUGGCUGUGAAUGUGAUGUGAAAGAAUGUAAGAUUGUAGCUAAAAAGUAUAUUCGGCCAAAAAUACGCCAGCGGGUAACUGGCGGCUCUAUUGUCCCAGAUCGUUAUACUAAGAGGGCUAAUGAAUAG